GUGUGCUGCUGGUGUAGCCACAGUGUGCACGUCUGAUGUUGCUCACAUGGGCUCCACUGAAUGCUCGGGGAGUUUUUGCGUUUGCUCACACACAUUAACAAUUAGAGGGAACAUUGAAGCGGUAAAAAUAGAUGGAUGUAUGGACAUUUUAAAGAACAAACGAGGCUUUAUUUUGAAGGACGCGCACCGAAACGGGAAGUCAAACGAAUGUCAACUUCCUGGGCGCAAAAAAUGAAUAGCUGCUAACAUUAAAGUCUGGUUUUAGUUACUAAGAGCAAAUAUUUGUUUCGAGGCAUAUUCAGUUUUUCCAGAAAUACAAAAAAGUUCGUUAAAGUCACACAAUAUAUAUAUCUAUAGCCUAAUUCAACGUCGGGACUUGUAGUUCCCUUCCAAGACGUGUUUCAAAAUAAUGCCUGGUAUAUCCUGAUUAUUUGGAAAUUUGCAGGCCUAUUCCAAGGAACGUAUUUUAAAAGCCACUCAUUUCUGGUAGAAAUUCAUAAAGAAAUCCAGCUCGUUGCAGUUUUUUAAUUUUAAAUGAAUGAGAUAAACCAAACACUCACCGAGCUCCAAGUCCCCUUGCAGAGUGGUCACGUGGCGAUGACGUCAUCACGGAAGGACGAGCAAUCCGGAACAUAAACACGACUCCUACACGUGUAGACGCCAUUAGACAAGAUGGGCAAAAACAAACCAAAGGGGAAACAGACGUGUGUCUUCCAAGUGGCCAACAAGCACCUAAAAGCCAAAAACAAAGCAAAACCUGUGAGGACGACACUCAAACACAUAAAAGCGGUGAAGAACGAGACGGUGGAGAACCUCAAUCAGAUCUUCUCAGAAAUCCAGAGGGAUGUGGCCAGCGUUCCCAAAAGUGUGGCGCCAGAACCCAAGAAACAAACACAGGUUGUCAAAGAACCGCAGAAGGAACCUGUGAACGUUGACAGUGCUGCUCAGCUCUUCUCUCAGCUGUGAUCGCUGUAACAAACAUUGCAUGAUAUAUUGCAGCAUUGUUUUUGCAUAUUUAUUGAUGUCUUACACAGUAUAUUGUUUAUAAAAUAAAGAACUAUGGUUUUAUAACACAAGCAUAUUUGUUUUCUUGGUAAAAUACUCCAUGUGAGAAGAUCAUUCCCAUUUAAGUCCCAUCUUAAAACUCAUUUGUAUACUCUAGCCUUUAAAUAGACCCCCUUUUUAGACCAGUUGAUCUGCUGUUUGUUUUCUUUUCUCCUCUGCCCCUUCUCCCUUGUUAAAUGGGGGGCACAGGUCCGGUGGACAUGGAUGAAGUGCUGGCUGUCCAGAGUCGGGACCCACGGUGGACCGCUUGCCUGUGCAUCGGUUGGGGACAUCUCUGCGCUGCUGAUACGUCUAUGGACUGGACUCUCACUAUUAUGUUAGAUCCACUAUGGACUGGACUUUCACAAUAUUAUGUUAGACCCACUCAACGUCCAUUGCAUCCGGUCUCCCCGGAUCUGCAUCUGCGGUCCUCUCCAAGGUUUCUCAUAGUCAUUCACAUUGACAUCCCACUGGGUUGUGAGUUUUUCCUUGCCCUUAUGUGGGCUCUGAACCAAGGAUGUCGUUGUGGCUUGUGCAGCCCUUUGAGACACUUGUGAUUUAGGGCUUUAUAAAUAAACAUUGGUUGAUUGAAUGUGCAGUGUGGUUUACUGGUGUGUAAUGUCAGACGUAACCGCGCUAAAACACAAGGAAAAGCACAUAUUCUGUGAAAAAAAACAUUACCCAACAAGUCGAAUAAAAUAAAAAGUAUCUUAUUUUUGUGAUAGCGACGUCUAUUGCGCUCUAUAGUCACCUGUACAGUUUUUGCAGUGACAAGGUUCCUUUUCAACUGAAUAUGCUUGUCUAGAACAGUAA